AUGGAAACGGCCCCGGGGCUGCGCUGGGACCGCCCCGACCUGGGCCAGAACCGGGAGCGGGACAAAGCCCGGAGCUGGAUCGGAGCCGAACCGGAGCGAGGCCCAGAACCGGGACUGGAACUGGAUCAGGGACCGGAGCCGCUGCAAGACCCGGAGCCGGAUCAACCAGAACCGGAUCAGAGCCGGACCCGGGGCAAAGGCUGGAGCUGGAUUGAGGACCGGGACCGCGGCGGGGAGCAGGAGGGCUCGGGGGGGCCCCGCCAUGAGCGGGGGGGCCCCGCGGGGGUCCCCCCUCGGGGGGGGCUCGGGGGGGGCCGGUGCCACCGGGGAAGCUGCAGCUGCUCGAGCGCUUCUUCACCCCCCCGGGGCCCCCCCCCGGGGACCCUCCUUCAUCCCCUUCCCCCUCCUCCUCCUCCUCAUCCUCGUCCUCUGGGGGGGGCGAAGGCCGCAGGGACCCAUUGGGGUCACUUGUGCCCCCCCCCCCGAGCCCCGGCCCCCCCCCUGCGCCUGGGGCUGAGCCGCAGCCACGAGCGGCUACACCCCGGGGACCCCCUCGGGGGUCUCGGUGACCCCCCCCGGUCCCUUCGGGGUCCCCCCCGCCCUUACAGCCCCCCCCGCCGCCGGGGGCCGACCCACCUCCGCCUCCCGGGGGGGCUCUGGCAGUCCCAUGGGGACAUCGCGGGGGGCUCGGAGGACCCCCCCAAAGGUGUCCCCCACCCUCACAGCCCCCCCACGGCUGCGGGGAGUCGGAGCUCGGGGGUGCGGGGGGGGCUGCGGCUGGGCCAGAGCCGCAGCCAGGAGGGGUUGGGGGGCCCGGGGGGGGUGGGAGGAGCGCGGGGGGGCCCCCCCAGGCGCUGGCGCUCGCUGGAGGCCGUGGGGGGGCGCCGGGGGGGUCCCCGCUUCUCCCGGUUCUUGGAUGAACUGACCCGGCGGGUGCUGAGCCCCGCGCGGCUCCGGGCCCUGGGGUGGCCCCCGCGGGGGGGGGUGCCGGGGGGGGGCGUCGAGGAGGAAGAGGAGGAGGAGGAGGAGGAAGAGGAAGAAGAGGAAGAUGUGGAGCAGGAGCCGGGGGCAGCCGGAGGCUCCGGGAGACCGAGGGGCACCCCCCCGCCGCGCGCGGAGCUUGAGGCGCUCCGGGAGCAGAUUGACAGGCUCCAGGACGAUUACGCCAAUUCCCAGCGGCUCAACCGCCUCCUGGAGGAGCGAGUGCGGGGCCUGACGCAGGCGCUGGUGCUGGAGCGGGCGGCGCUGAGCCGGCACGUGGCCGAGGUGCUGCAGCGGGUGCUGGAAACCCCCCCCGGGGCUGAGCCCCACAACCGGCACCCGGUGCCUGCGUGGGGCCGGGUGGAGGCCGAUGAGGAUGAGGAAGGGCCCCUUCUGCCCCCCCCCGCCUUCAGGGACCCACCGGGGGGGGCCCUGCCCUGAGCCCCCCCCUCCCCAACCUACCAAUAAAGCACCGAGACACCCCCCCCCCAC